AUGGAACAACUUUGGGGUCUAAUCAAUGGACCUGAUGUAUAUGCGACGUUACGGCCUAAAGCGGCGUAUGAAGCCAAUAUUAUGGAAAGGAUUGGUAUGUCUUUGUUUAAUAUUGUUUGCUUUUAGAUUUUGAAACUGUUAGAUGGUGUUUUGAGCUUGUAUUUUACAAGCUAUGAGCAAUGAAAGUUCUUCAAACAUGUAAAACACCAUUUUUUAAAGAAAAACCAACGAAAAGAAGGGUUUUUGUAGUUGGUUGUACUGUAAAUUAUAAAUAAUUGUAUAACACAUCUUUUAGGAGGAAUAAUGAUCUACACUUCACAGUUAACUCGAGCAAUUGGCUGGGUAACAUCUCCGUUUUGGUUAUAUUAUCUAUGUUUUCGAAUGGAUGUGAAUUCCGCACGUCUUUUGAAUUGGACGCACUUUGUCGUAACUUUUCAUAGUAUUGCUUAUGGUCUACGAACUGCUGGCCGUAUUUACAACCCAGUUUAUCGUACUUACUUGAAUUUAUAUCUUCAAUCAAAGGAUAACCAAGCGAUCGGCGAGAAAUUGCUUGAUCAAUAUGAUUUUGAAGUGAGUUUUUCUUGGUUUUUGACUUUUUUUGUUUAGGCUUUGGAUUUGUUAGGAUUUACGUAGUGUAUUUUAGCUUUUUGUUGAUGGAAUUUAUCUGGUUUUGAAGAUAAAAUGUUAAACGUAUUGUUUUAGAUAACUCCAUCAGCUCCAGUUUCAUUCCAAGCCACAACAAAACAAAACCAAUGGUAUCUCGAUAACAAAGUUGAUCUCCCCGGUGUACCAGAGCACAAUAUACACUAUUACAGAGUGAUUGCCAAGAUUUGUAUUUCUGUUUUUGGUCGUCGUAUGUUAUACCCAGGAUCAGUUGGAAUUCUGAAGACGCUAUUGGCUGAAACUAUUCGGUCUAACCGUCUACAGCUUAUUUUGGAGUCAGGCGGAAAGAGACAGCAGAUAAAGACUGUUGAUGGUAACAUUAUCGACACUAUGUUGUUUGACCGACGUGCUGUGUUUCCAGAUGCACCUUUGGUCAUCUGUAGUGAUGGUAAUGCUGGGUUUUAUGAAACUGGGAUUACAAGAACUCCGGUUCAGAUGGACUUUAGUGUGCUGGGAUGGAAUCCACCAGGUAUGAUUUUUUUUCGUUUUGUUGCUUAAAAUUUAAAAAAAAGAUGAAAAAAUGUUUACACUGUGCAAAGAAAAAAAAAUUUUUUCAGGUUUUGCUGAAAGCACAGGAAUUCCGUAUCCUCAGCAGAUUCUGAAUGCCAUGGAUGCUGUAAUUCAGUUCGCCUUAUCCAAAGGCUUCCAACUUGACAACAUUAUCUUGUUUGGCUGGUCGAUUGGAGGAUUUCCAACCACUUGGGCGGCUGCCAAUUAUCCAGAAGUUAGAGGAUUGAUUUUGGAUGCCACAUUUGAUGAUGUUAUGGCAUUGGCGUUGACUCAUAUGCCAGCUUUUGCCGAAAAUGUGGUCAAAGUGGCUAUUCGAGAGCAAUAUAACCUUAAUGUUGCUGUUCAGGUAGGGUCAUUUGAUUUUUUGUGAAACGGUCCUUUUUAGGAAAUUUAAAAAAAUUUUUAAACUUGGCAUUAUUAUAGGCAUAAGAAGGUAAAAUUUGUCAUAUUUUAGCUAGCCGAAUACUCAGGACCAGUAAAGAUCAUUCGCCGAUACAAUGAUGAAGUGAUAACCACUUAUCAAGGCCCAGACUCUCAGAGAAUGCGAAGAGAAAACAGAGGAAACCACUUAUUGGCCAAGUUCUUCCAAACUCGAUAUCCUGACUUUGUGACAGACAAUGAGGAUUACAAUACUGUGUUGGAGUAUGUCAAUAGCACUCCACAUGAUCAACGAGUUAUGGCCAGGACAGCGAUGAUGGUAAGGGUUUUGGGGCGAUUUUAUAGUAGAGUAAGUGAUGUAGAAUAGGUAGGGUAAUUUAGGAAAGUAUAGGGUAGAACAGGGUGCAGUAGUGUAGUAGGAUAGGUUAGGAGAAGGUAGAAUAGGUAGGGUAAAGUAAUUAAGGGUAGGGGCUACGGUAUUGUGCAGUACAGUAAGGUAUGAUAAGGUGGAGUAAGUCAGGGUAGGGUAAAAUAAGGGUAGUUUAGGGCAGGGUAAAGCAGGUCAAUAUUAGUGUUUAAAACCUUUAAUUUUAGAAUAUUGGAAACAAAUCGUACGAAGAAGCAUCCAAAGAACCCACUCUUCGUCAUGAUGUUCUCCACCUUCUCUCAAGUCUCCACUUUGUUGAUGUACCCUCAAGUCACACAACACCGUUAAGUCAAACCGAAUUCAAUUUGCCAUUCCAAGUUGCAUUGAAACCUUUUGAAGAAUUCAAACAACUUUGCAGGCAAAGAAUUCAAGUAUAA